UUAAGCAAAAGAAAAUAUAUGAAAUGAUCAUGUAUGUCACGAUGAUUACAAGUCGAAUCAAACCCAAUCUCUCUUCACAUGUCUCUUCUCUGUAUAUAUACUACACUAAGAUUUACAUCUCUUACAACUCCAUGAGAAACAAAACCAAUUCAAAGAGUUCGCCGGGAAAAAAAUAAGAACAUGUCGACGAACAUAACACCUUCCAUCACCAUCUUUCUAAUCUUCCUCGGUUUAAUUCGGUUCGAUUCAUUUCCCGGUUUAGAAGCAGCGACCGGAACACUAGCGUCGGUUCCAGGAGUAUACGUGCUCGGAGAUUCGUUGGUUGAUGCGGGAAACAAUAAUUACUUAGAAAUCUCUAUAUCCAAAGCUAAUUAUCCACAUAACGGCGUUGAUUUUCCUCGCAGUAUAGCCACCGGAAGGUUCUGUAAUGGCAAAAACGCCGCUGAUGCCAUCGCUGAGAAAUUUGGUUUACCGUUACCGCCACCAUAUCUCUCACUUAAAGGCAUAUUUAAAGAGAAAGAGAGAAAAGCUGCUGCCUUGACAGGUGUAAAUUUUGCUUCCGGCGGAGCUGGCAUCUUCAACGGUUCCGAUCAACAACUUAGACAAUCUAUUCCUUUAUCAUACCAAGUGAACAAUUGGCUUGCCAUUCAUAAAGAACUCACCAGUCAGCUUGAACCAUCGGAAGCACAAAUCCACCUAUCCAAAUCUCUAUUCUUCGUGGUAAUAGGCAGCAAUGAUAUUUUUGACUAUUUUGGAUCGUUCAAACUUCGACAAAAGACCAAUCCUCAACAAUAUACACAAUCAAUGGCUGAUAAACUCAAAGAGCAAUUGAAGAGACUUCACGAUACUGGAGCACGGAGAUUCCUAAUUAUAGGUGUAGCACAGAUCGGUUGCACACCUGGACAACGUGCGGAAAACUCAAUGCAUGAAUGCGACCAAGAGGCAAAUGCAUGGGCUUCUUUGUACAACGAAGCUCUAGUAAAGAUGCUACAACAAUUCAAAAAAGAGUUGGGAAGCUCAAUGAUUUAUUCUUACUUUGAUAACUUCAAGUCCGUCCAUGACAUCGUCACCAACCCUGCCCGUUACGGUUUUGCUGAUGUGACAUCGGCGUGCUGUGGAACUGGGGAAUUAAACGCGGAGUUACCUUGUUUGCUUGUGUCAAACUUAUGUUCAGACAGAACCAAAUAUCUCUUCUGGGAUCGCUACGGUCAUCCCACCGAAGCUGCUGCUCGAACCAUCGUCGAUCUUAUGUUAUCUGAUGAUUCGCAAUACUCGUCUCCUUUAACUCUCACUCAACUGGUCUCUUCAUGAUCAAUAAGAAUUCGUUUUGGAAUAUUAGAUCAUCUAAUAUAAAUGGAUUUGGGAGACCUGACUUGUAAUAAAAGUAAACAGGAUAAAUUUGUCAGAAAUAAAAUAAACUAUAUUAAUUUA